AUGGGCAAGUUACCAGAAGCUAAGAAGCCGUUGAUACCGCAAAAUCUUGAUGACAUCGUUGUUCUGGGAAGGUAUACGAUGCUCGUGUGCCUUCUCACAGAGUUCGCCUUUCUCUCACAACUCUCUAAUACAAUGUACAUGGUCUAUGCAGGUUCUUCGCCUGCUAUCAAAGGCUGCGGUAAUAUAACCUUCACGAGCAUGGACGAUGCAUGCGAAAAUCUUCACUUGUGUGAAGGGGUUCCGCUCAAGUUGGAAAGCCAAUUUUACUCAGUUAAUGAAGAGUGGGGGAUACAUUGUGAGGACAGAUAUCUGGAACGGCGGAGCACUUCGUUACAAAUGCUAGGCGUCAUGAUCGGAUCUCUGACAUCUGGACAGAUCAGUUCAUCGUUUGGACGGAAGAAGCCACUGGUAUUCUGUCUAGCUAUGACUGGUAUACUAAGUUUGGCCACGUACUUCGUUACUGAUCUCCUCCAGUUCACUGCCAUUCGUUUCGUAUUGGGCCUUUUCACUGGAGGUCAUUCAACAGUAGUCGUAGUAUAUUUGCUGGAGAACAUUCCCAAAAAUUCGAGAAUGUGGAUAAACACCGCAAUCUCAUACUCUCCAAAUGUGAUCAUCCUUGGAGUGGUCGCUUACUUCUCCCAACAUUGGAGAGUAUUAGCAUUGGUGAUAGCAGCACUUCACAUUCCAGCAGUUGCACUUAUGCUAUAUCUCCAUGAGAGUCCACGCUGGCUUGUGCAAAGGGGCCGCAUGGAUGAUGCUAGGCGGGUAAUUUUAGACAUUGCAAGCAUAGAUGCCGAUAAAGCCAAUAUCGAUGAGAAAAACCUUGACAAAAUUCUGCAACUGGAGCAUGAUAGGUUUGAAAUAAUGGGAAAGAAGAGACACACUUAUUGGCACGUCUUCAGAAAGGCUCAUCUCGCACUACCUUUGUGCCUUAUCGCCUUCAGCUUUUUCGCGUCGAUGAUAGUGAACUACGCCAAUAUGUUCAAUCUCGGAAGUCUUUCCGGAUCCAUUUAUCUGAACUCGAUACUUAUUGGAUCGUUGCGAUACUCAAUUAAUCUGGCUUGCGGCUUACUCGACUAUAAAUUCCUUCGAUUUGGACGUAAAAUGGCGCACUUCGGAUGCCAAUUUCUCGUCGUAGCAUCGUUGCUGAUCACAGCAAUAAUUGUAUACACAGGUUAUGCAGCAACAUACAGUGAAUUCAUCAGGAUAUGUGUCCUUAUAAUCUGCGCUAUGUCAUCUCAGAUCGUGAUAGUCAAUUCCGUCACGUGCAACGAGCUCUUCCCUACAUCCAUACGUACUUUAUGUUAUUCAUUUGUACAGUUGUGCAGUCGACUGGGAAUCGUCGUCGCACCUCAUGUCUUUUCGUGGGGAGAAUUAUGGCAAUAUCUACCAUACACUACGUUAAUAGGUGUCGUGCUAUUGGAUCUGGUAUGCUUCCAGGUUGCACUGCCUGAGACAAAAAACAAGCCCCUCGAAGAUCACAUAGUGAAAAAACAGAAGAAAAUUACGGGAGAAGUAUAAGGAUCUGUUUGACUGUUUUAUUAUUUGCCUAAUAAAAAC